AUAUGUGAGCCAAAGAAUUCGUGUCUAUAUCAAAAUUAAAAUAUUUGAUAUGGAUUUUUUUCGCGCCGGCGCGAAUGGUGAAACGCAUUUGUAGAUUUUUUUGUAGAGAUUAGAAUUUUUCGCAAAAUUCCACCAUGAGUGAAGAAUAAUAAAUCAAGCGUAUGUUGAAGUGCUAAUUUACAAUCAUUUUACUGCAAGUAAUGCUUUUAAACGUGUGUUAUCAGAACACUAUAUGAAAAAAAUGUUGGAAUAAUCUAUAAUUUUUAUCGAAUUGAUUUUGUAAUAAAAUGGGAUCUAUCGUUCUGAAAAGUUUAUCCAUUCUUUUAGGCAUUUUUUUUAUUUUUGUUGGUAUAACAAAGUUGACACCAUUUAUAUCCAAGGAAUUACAUAAAGAUUUGAGAAAAGAAUAUGUAAGGUACGCGAAGGUUUUUCCAUUCACGGACCUGUUGGAUUUCAAAGUACCGUCGAAAUGGUAUCGGAGGAGCGUUGGUGGACUUGAAAUUUUGUUUGGGAUCGCACUAGCUGUUAUACCUAGUCAUAAAGUAAAGAAUACGGCGAACAUAGGGCUAGUGCUGCUGAUGAUUCUGGCCACCUACUCUCACGUCAUGGUGGGCGACCCCUUCGACCGCUGCGCGCCUGCCCUCGUCUUCUUCUUCAUGCUCACCGGUCGUCUCGUCGUAUGGUAUCAGACAAGUCGACGGGAAGAAUUGGAAAAAACGGCAGCGACUCAGAACGGAAACGGUCUCAAGAGAGAUUAGAAGCUUUUCGUUCUGUCAUAACAUUAAAAUAUUUUCUUUGUCGUAUUUGUAGACUAUUCAUAAAUUUCUAAAUGCCACUAGUUUGGUUUAGCAAGUUUCGAAUUUAAUUUACAUUAAUAUCAAAAGUAGCUUCUAUUACUUCAAUAAAUCGUCAUACUGAUGAUUAUUUCUAAACAAAAUUAAGUAGUUUCAUCAGUUUGCUUAUAAGUAUCACAACUGUAUUUUCAUUACUCUCGCACUAUUAAUAUAAUUAAGGCACGCGCAAUUUUUCAAAUUUAAAACUUUCCUCUUUUAAUUCUAAGUUUAUUAUGCCAUAGAAGUCGUAUCUAAAAGUGAUAUUAAUUUAAGCGGUAUUAUUAACUAAGUUCAUCUUGUGUGUAUGUGUGUGUAAAAUAUUUUUACAGGUAUGUAAGUACUAUAAUUAUAAAAUAAUGACAUAGUGUGUAGGUCCUCAUUACUGCCGCUCUAAGGUAGAGAUAGAGUUAUUAAAUUAUUCACAAUGCAAAUUAAAGAUUUUAAAUACAUUUGCUCAAAUUAAAAACAAUCGGAACAGCAGCCGAAAUUUGUCAGUUACUAGUAUGUAAUUAAAUAUUCUAGUCAAAUUGAUAAGUUUAUAAGAUUCCUUUAUUUGUAUGUAUUGUAUUAUCUAUUGAAUGAGCAAAAAUAGUUGUACAUGAAGGCACGUAGAUUCGUUUACUAACAAAUCACAUAACACAUGCAAAUCAUAGUUUAUGAAUCCUAUGUAGGUACUUCUUUACAAAAGAUAAAUUUAUAGGAAAAAAUUACAUAAAAAGAUAUAACUGCAAAAUUCGAAUGAUUUGUUUUAAAUGAAGUACGAAUAAUGUUCGACAUAAAUGGGUAAUGAAUAAAUGGAUGAGUAAUAAAA